UUUCCUCCUGAUUUCGUACGGGUUCAAUCAUCGCUCGUCUCUCUCGUCAACACCUAGGGUUUCAGUCUGGCCUCCUAUCACUCUCUUCUUCGAUCCGAGGGUUAGGGUUUCCGUAGAUCGCGGACAGAGCGUGAGAGGGGCGGCGCAAUGGGAGUCCCUGCGUUCUACCGCUGGCUGGCGGAGAAGUACCCCAUGGUGGUGGUGGACGUGGUGGAGGAGGAGGCGGUCGAGAUUGAUGGCGUCAAGAUCCCCAUCGAUACCUCCAAGCCCAACCCUAAUGGCCUUGAGUACGAUAAUCUUUACCUUGACAUGAACGGGAUCAUCCAUCCCUGCUUCCACCCUGAGGAUCGGCCUGCACCCACGACGUUCGAUGAGGUCUUUCAGUGCAUUUUUGAUUACAUCGACAGACUCUUCGUCAUGGUGCGUCCUCGGAAACUGCUAUAUAUGGCAAUUGAUGGUGUUGCACCGAGAGCUAAGAUGAACCAACAGCGUUCUAGAAGAUUUAGAGCAGCCAAAGAUGCGGCUGAUGCGGAAGCUGAAGAAGAGAAGCUACGCCAAGAAUUUGAAAUGGAAGGCAGAAAGCUUCCUCCUAAAAAGGAGUCACAACUUUUUGAUUCAAAUGUUAUUACUCCAGGAACUGAAUUUAUGGCCGUUUUAUCAAUUGCGCUGCAGUACUAUAUACAUCUCCGACUAAAUUAUGACCCUGGUUGGAAACGAAUAAAAGUUAUCCUUUCUGAUGCUAAUGUUCCUGGUGAAGGGGAACACAAAAUUAUGUCGUAUGUCCGUCUCCAGCGGAAUCUGCCUGGUUAUGAUCCAAACACUCGACACUGUUUAUAUGGCUUGGAUGCUGACUUGAUCAUGUUGGCUUUGGCCACACAUGAGGUGCACUUCUCAAUCUUGAGAGAGAUUGUUUUCACUCCUGGGCAGCAGGACAAAUGCUUCUUGUGUGGUCAGAUGGGCCAUUUAGCAGCAGUUUGCCAAGGGAAUGCAAAAAGAAAAUCUGGGGAAUUUGAUGAAAAGAGUGAAGACACAUCUAUUGCCAAAAAACCUUACCAGUUUCUUAACAUUUGGACUCUGCGAGAGUAUUUGGAAUAUGAAUUCAGAAUCCCUAAUCCUCCUUUUGAAGUUGACUUUGAACGCAUAGUUGAUGAUUUCAUCUUCAUAUGCUUCUUUGUUGGGAAUGACUUCCUUCCUCAUAUGCCAACAUUAGAAAUUCGAGAGGGUGCCAUAAAUUUGUUAAUGGCUGUGUACAAGAAGGAAUUUCGAGUAAUGAAUGGCUAUUUAACUGACUCAUGCAAGCCCAACUUGAGCAGAGUGGAACAUUUCAUUCAGGCUGUUGGGUCAUAUGAAGACAAAAUAUUCCAGAAGAGGGCUCGUUUGCAUCAACGCCAAGCAGAAAGAAUUAAGCGGGAAAAGACACAAAUGAAGCGAGGAGAUGAUAUCGACCCUCAAGUGAGACCUGAUUCCAUAGUUCCUGUCACUCGUUUUCAAGGUUCACGACUUGCAUCGGGUGCUUUGCCUUCACCAUAUCAACAAGCUAACCAAUCCAAAGACUGUGAUAGUAAAGGGGCUAGUUUCCGAGCCCAAAAAGUUGCUCGCUUGUCUUCUGGAGGAGCAACAGUAGGUGCAGCAAUUGUAGAGGCCGAGAAUAGUCUUGAAGUAGAAGUACAAGAAAAUAAAGAGGAGUUGAAGACAAAGCUUAAGGAAUUGCUUCGGGAGAAAUCUGAUCUUUUUAACUCUGAAAAUCCAGAAGAGGACAAGGUCAAACUAGGAGAUCCUGGAUGGAAAGAAAGAUAUUAUCAAGAAAAAUUUUCUGCACGAUCUCCAGAAGAAAUUGAGGCAAUUCAAAGAGAUGUUGUCUUGAGGUACACUGAAGGCCUGUGCUGGGUCAUGCACUAUUACUAUGAAGGAGUUUGCUCAUGGCAAUGGUUCUACCCUUACCAUUAUGCUCCUUUUGCCUCUGAUAUGAAAGAUUUAGGCAGCUUUAACAUAAGCUUUACUCUCGGUUCACCUUUUAAACCAUUCAAUCAAUUAAUGGGGGUCUUUCCAGCUGCAAGUUCCCAUGCACUUCCUUUACAGUAUAGACAAUUGAUGUCUGAUCCAACGUCUCCAAUUAUUGACUUCUAUCCAAUUGAUUUUGAAGUGGAUAUGAAUGGAAAGAGAUAUGCGUGGCAGGGAAUUGCUAAGCUACCAUUCAUCGAUGAAACUCGCUUACUUUCAGAGAUUAGAAAAGUGGAACAUACUUUAACGGAGGAGGAAGUCCGCCGGAACAGUAUUAUGUCGGACAUGCUUUUUGUGAAUGUUUCCCACACUCUUUCCCCAUACAUUUUCUCUUUGAUAAGCAGAUUCUCAAAUUUGCCUGACAAGGAGAAGGCUGAAGUAAAAGAGAAAAUUGAUCCUAUGGCCAGUGGUGGAAUGAAUGGGUAUCUAUGUCUUUGUGGUGGAGAUCCAUGUCCUCCGAUUUUCAAAUCUCCAGUUAAAGGAAAGGAAGAUAUAAUGGAUAAUCAAGUCAUAUGUUCAAUUUACAAACUUCCAGAUGCACAUAAGCACAUCACUCAACCACCUUCAGGUGUUAUUUUCCCCCAAAAGAUGGUAACUUCUAGUGAUUUAAAGCCACCGCCAGUUUUGUGGCAUGAAGACACUGGCAGGAGGCAAUACGAAAAUGGCAGGCGGCCAUAUGAUGACGCUGGCAGGAGGCCGUAUGAAAGUGGAAGGCAUAAUCCAGCUGAUUCAAUUUCUGGAAAACAACUUGGAGAUGCUGCACAUCGGCUUGUUGUUAAUAGCUUACAGAUAAGUCGAGACAACCAUCAUUCAACUUCUAGGCCUGCACCAUUUCCAUACAAUGCCAGUGCAGUGAGUACACAAUAUUCAAACAGCAGAUAUGAUGUGGAUCCGAGAACAGCAUCAAGGGAAGAACACCGGAUUGGCCAUUCACAGUAUUAUGGUCACAGAAAUGAUGGUCCCGGUCACUGGCAUGCUUCUUCUACGUCGUCACAUUACUAUGACAGGCCACCUCCAUCUCAUUAUGAAAGAGAUCAUUACAAUAGAUCACAUUACCCUUAUAAUGGGAGCAGCCAUGUUGAUGCUCGCAGCAACGUGCCAGCUUACUACCCGCAAAGUCCAGGAUAUCCAUAUCCUUCUGUUAAUGACAUUUCAGCUCUUCCACCAGUAACACAUGUAGCUUAUUCGCAUUCACAAUCCUCAUACAAUGCUAACUACAGAGGUUACUAUGACAAUGGAGGCCAGCAGCGGGAUCGAAAUUAUGGUGCUGAUAGGGCACCAGCAGCAACUCAAUACCAUGGAAGGAGAUCAUAUGGCCAACACCAGCAAGCCAAUAAUAGGUAUGCUGCACUGGAUAGAGGUUCAAAUUGGAGGUCGCCGCCGCCGCCACCACCACCUGGAUAUGGUGGAUAAUUUACACUCAAAACUCAAAUUGGAGGUUGCUGCCACCAAUGAGACCACCACCACCUGGAUAUGGCAGAUAACCAGCUAUGAUAAGUGUCUGAUUUGUCGCUGAGCUUGGCACCAUCGAGAUGUUGUACUCUUAACAGUUGAGUAGUUGUCCUAAUGGGGUUCCUGGUCCCAUGUUUUUGUUAUAUUUUCAAUAGGAGCAUUUCCUAGUUAUUGUACAAUGCUGACAUAAAUUUGGCAUAUGAUUGAGCCAUUGGAAUUUAGAGGCAACAAUAAGUUAGGAUUCCUUAUUGUAAUCUUUUUCUUCAAAAUUGAAUAUUCUAUGACUUUGUGAUAAGACUUUGUAUGCUGGAUUAAUAAAACCAGUCAACCGAUUAGUUUGUUUCUAAA